AUGAACCCCUCAACCGCCCCAAGCGACCAAAGUGCCGCCAACAAUGGGGCGCCACCUGCCACCGGCACCGCCGCAGCCAUAACCGCUCCCACGCCGCAACCCACAACGCCUGCAGCGCCCGUAUGGUCGUCCCCAAUGGCCUCCUCCUCUGCAAACACUGGCGUCACUGGCGCCCCCAACUUUCCGCAGUACUCGGCAUCCACAGCGGCCAUUCUCGAGAGACUCCAGGGAAAGAACGGCCAUGCCGCCGGCACUGCUGCGUUCGAAGCCAAGCGGGCGGAGAUCCUCCAGAGUUAUGUCACCAGCGACAAGUUGCCGACACCCCCGCCAGCCACGAGCACCAGCCGCAGAGGAAGAGGAGGCAGAGUCAGCACUCCGAGCGGCCUGAAGACUGAGGUCGGCGCAUCGCCCGCGCCCGCGUCCGCCCCGUCGUCGGGACGCGCAUCUGUCAGAGGGCGUGGGAGAGGGCGUGGCGGGCGGGGAGGACGAGGAAGCAAGCGCAAGCGCUCCGAUAGCGACGAGGAGAGCCAUAACGACGACGACGACUCUGACGUCUCGGAUUCGUACACGCCGCUCCCGACGAGAACAAAGUCCGGCCGAAGUGUGAAUAAGCCUGUCGCAUUUGUGCCCACCAUCCCAGAGCCGGCCCAGGGCGUGAAGCGGAGAAAGUCGACCAAGACGCUCCUCGCCGCAAAGUGCAAGACGUGCCACCGAGAGACCGACCCGGCCAACAACCGCAUAGUAUUCUGUGAUGCCUGUAGUACCGCCUAUCACCAAUACUGCCAUAACCCGCCUAUCGGCAAUGACGUCGUUACUGUGCUGGAGAAGGAGUUCUUAUGUAGUCCAUGCACGCGGGCGAAGCAGACCGCUGUAGAAGGCGUACAGGAUCUGGUCGCUGCCGAAGACUUGUCAAUCGAGGAGAAACGCGCAUACUUUUCUACUCUUCCCCAACAACAACUAGUUGGCCUUCUCCUCACAGCCACAAUCCGACAUCCGGAGCUGCCCGUCUUCCCUCCAAAUGUCCGGAAUCUCAUAUCCGAUGCUUCGAAAACAAAGGCGCAACCAGACAAUCAAGAACAGCAGCAGCAGCAGCAGCAACCAGAGCAAAAGCAACAACAAGAACAGGAAACCCCUCCGGCACCUCAAACAAAUACCCAGUACCAAACCGUACCCGCCAUCCCCCAACCCUCAACCACCUCGUCCGCAAACGGCGACACAUUGCCAUUCUCGUCACACGCACAGUCAGAACUGGGCUCUGCCGAAACCCCCAUGUUCGGCGAGUCCAGCCACCAGUCCCGCACAACAAUGGAUCUGGCCGGCAACCAGUACGACGAAGACGACGGCUACGACACGGAUCCGCCCGCACACUACCCCAAGGCCGGCAACGGGCUUGCGCGCACGCUGCGGCCCGAGAGCGAGGACCUCAACUGGCUUGUUGACGACAACUUUGAGGUCUUUAGCCACGGUUGGAAGGGCGAUGGCACGGGCAUGGGGGCGGACGGCUCCCUGGAUGGGUUGGGCGAGGGCCAGAAGGUCGUCUAACGGCGUGCGCACGAAGAUGCCGGGCGUGUGAAGAUCUCGGCCUAGAUGGUGGUGUUGGUGGGGAGAAACGGUAGUACUACUAGCAUGAAAUGAGCGAGGAAGCAAAAAAACAAGCAAAUAGGGGAGGUGGGCUGGCUAUAUUCAAGGGUUCAACAACAACAACAACAACAACCAAAAAAAGGGGGAGAAGAAUCAAAUACACAAUCAUGCGUACUUGAUAUGCGGCCGUAGUCCCUAGUAAGCCGCGGGCUUCGCUUUUUUUUUUAGAAGAAAAAGAUCG